CCUAUCUUUUCCAUUUUCAUCGUUUCCUUCGACAAUUUAUUCGUUUAUUUAAAAUUUGUAAUGGGUAAGUAUUUACGAAUAGUCUUAGCAAAUGAUUAAAAAUCGAUGAUAACGAUGAUAAUUAUCGAUCGGUUUAAUCUUAAUCAGUAUCGAAACUUUCAUUCAAAUUCGUAGGCAGUUAACUCUAUUUCAAUGAUUAAUCGUUAUUUAAUUACGAGAACUUGUGUAAUUAAAUGGUUAAGUCUCUGUUUGCGAACUGACUAGCUGAUUAUAAAUUUCGAUCACGUUCGCGUUUAUUUGUCCGGCUCAAUAGAGAACGGCUCCCGAGCGGCUCGAGUUAAACAAUAAUUACGUUCCUGGAUCGAUCGUGCAUCCAUCGAAAUAUAAAGAAGACUGUAUACUUUCAGAAAAAAUGUAAUGUAACCUCGUAACUAACUUCUCGACUUUAGAGAAAUAAAAAAAAAAACAAAAAAAAUGAAAAAAAAACAAAGAAAACCCAGAAAUCACGAACUUCGCGUUCGUCGAAACGUCGUUCAACAUUUUCGUACAAACACGAUUCCUACAAACCGAUUUCUAACACAAAAUCAAAUUAUUCGGCCAUAACAAUUACAUAAUUACAAAUUUUUUCAUUAUCCCAAAAGAGUAACUUUAAUUUUAAGUCUGAUUAAAAAGAAGAAAAAAAAAGGAAAAAAAAUGGAAUACCAUUAAAAACUUUUAUCGGUUCAAACGAUGGAGGAAAAGUUGAUAAAAUGAAGCUUCACGAUCUCUUUCGCGGAAUCAAAUUUUAAAUUAAAAAAAAAAAAAAAAAUAAAAAAAAAAUAAAAUAAAAUAAAAGUAAAAAAAAAGACAAAACAAUUAUCCUACAUAAAAUACAUACACAAAGACAGACGUAAAAUCUAUAAUCAGAUAUGGAUGUAAACGAAGAUGCUCCGGAGGACGUAAAACGUGCCGUUUCGGUAGAAAAUGAGAUAAGGAAGGGUGAAAAGGACGACAAAUUUGAAGUACCUCCACAAGAAAGAGAAAAGAAGAAAAAAAAAUGGUUACGUUGUGCCAAACCAUUGCCGAAGAGAAAGAAAACUAUGGCAGAGGAUGAAUGUUGUCAGAAAAAAAAGAAGAAGGCAGCGGCGAAAGAUAUGAAACAAGUAACUGUGAUGAUUUAUGGUAAACCAUGCGUUUUUCCUAAACAGGAUAUCAUUCCGAGACAUUGUUUGUCAAAGAAAGAAUACAUCAAUCUAUUAGCCACUCCGAAUUAUAGAUGUCCAUCACCAUGUUUGCAAGAGGAAGUAAAAAGAAAGUUAAAACCAAUUUCAACAAGAAUUAAAGAACUUGCUCGGCCAACAAAGCACCGUAUGUUAAUGACCCUGCAGGAAGUUGGUACUAGAUUGAAGCCCGAAUUUGUGGAUAAUUUAAUAAAAUCACUGGAGGGUGAAACUUGUCUUACACCAGAGCAAGCAGCGAAGGCGUUUCGCAAUAAAAAACGUAAGAGAAUCGCUAAAAAACGAGAAAAGACACGUAAGUUAUGCCGGAUUACUCGAAUGCCGAAAAAAUCUGGUGCAUCAAGUUCUACAAUGUUGGACAAGGAUGCAGUAAUGUGUCAAUAUAUGAUGGCCGAGUGUUUUGUUAAGAGUAUUCUUGAUUGGAAAUGUCCUAUACCGAAGGAAGAGUACGAGGAUAUUGCAAGUGUGAUAAUGAGAAGACUGAGUUACAUUCUUGAAUAUACGCCGACCGAUGAGAGCGAUCGUAAAUCUCAGCAGAUGCGUUUCCUCUCAGAUAUAAUAGCUUCCUGGAUAUCGGGGGUUCUCUUCGAAGUUGCGGAUGAUCAUGAGAAGGAAUUAAAGGAAAUUUGUGAGAGAAAACGAAAGGAAGAAGAGGAAGAGGAAGAAGAAGUGGAAGAGGAGGAGGAAGAGGAGGAGGAGGAGGAGGAGGAGGAGGAGGAGGAGGAGGAGGAGGAAGAAGAAGAAGAAGAGGAGGAGGAGGAGGAGGAAGAGGAAGAGGAAGAGAUGGAACCGGAAGCUGAUAUGGAAGAAGCUGAAAAAUUAGAGAGGGAACGAAAGGAAAUGGAAGAAAGAAGAAUUCAAGAGGAGGAGGAGGAAAGAUUACGGAAGGAAGAAGAAGAAGCGAGAUUACAAAAAGAGAAGGAAGAAGAAGUGAGAUUACAGAAAGAGAAAGAAGAAGAAGAAGCGAGAUUACAGAAAGAGAAGGAGGAAGAGGAGGAAAGGUUACGGGAAAAAGAAGAAGAAGAAGCGAUAUUAGAUAAGGAGGUAUUACCAAUGGAAGAAGAAGAUGAAGAAGAAAGAAGAAAAGCGGAGGAAGAAAAGGAAAGAAAGAGGAUAGCAGAAGAGGAAGCGAAGAGAAAAGAGGAAAUCGAGAAGCCUAUAAUAAAGAUCGGAGAGUACGAAUUCUUCCCUACCGACCUACCGUUCGUGACCUUCGGCUUGUUGAUAGACGUUCUUUAUGUCAUGUUGGAAUCUAUGCCAGAGAGCAAAGACGUUGAUCUGGUUCGUGAUCGUAUUCAGAGAGCGAUCUAUGAUAAAUUUAGCUCUGUGAUAGAGAAGGAAGAUCCGGAAGCAUUGAACGAACAUAUGAAGGACGUAUUGGUGGUUUUAGCUGGGAAGAUCGCUACUUGGCUCAAAAAUAUUCUCACUGAGUCACAAAUCAUAUUCUUAGACAAAUAUCCGGCCGAAGUCGAAUCUGUUGAAAUUAGAGAUUGGUCGAAAUGGCUGACGUACGUCAGCGAUACUGCAAGCAAUUGGGGUAACUGGCUUCACAAGGUCGUCGAGAAAGCCGGAGAUAUAAGGGAAGAAGGAAUAACCCGAGGCGAUUGGCAAGAGUGGACGAAAUCCGUCGACGUUGAUGCUCUUCUUUGGAGACGCUUUCAUCUGCAGACCAUUCAUCAGGCUCAUAGAAACGCUACGUUAAUGGCGCAGAGGGAAGUAGUUAAGACUGGCACCAAGACAAUGGACUUCUCCGAGAAGGAAAUACGGAACACCAAUCUUCAAAGUGUAGCUUGACGAAAAAAAAAAAAAUGAAAAAAA